AACAUUUUAGUGGAGUAAGACGCAGCAGGUCGGAGGUGAGGCAAUGGCGGCCAGCGACCACCAGCCCUCCAGCACCACCACCCUGCUGACUGACGGCACCAUAACACACACACACCACCAACAUGGAGAGACUCAACACGUGGCAAGACCUGGGGAGGCUGACACCCAGGCCCCAUACAGCAACACCCAGACUCCACCAUCAACCAUCAACCAUGGCACUAAUAAUAUUACUCCAUAUACACCACCCACGGACGUCAUCAGCAUUUUUGUCGUCACCUUUGAUUCUAAAGAAGGUAACGUGCUAGAGUGGUAUAUGCCACAGGAGUUAGCUCUGGAGGGGAUCGAGUUCCGUGCUCUUAUCAGUGGUGCACACACAAUCACCUCAGACUUCAUAUUCUUUCGGCAAGGUGAUUAUUAUGGUGUUGCCUGUUAUGAGAAGUUGACAAUCAUCUCUGAUGUUGAACGAGGAGCUCGGAUGAAGAGUAUUGGCGUGAUUGUUUCAAACUAUUAUGCCAUCCAUCAACAUUUGGAAUAUUUAGCACAGCAAGUCAGGAAUAUGGUGGUGAAACCUGGUGACUACAGUGGACUUGAGGAGUAUUACCUAUCUAGAAAAGCCUCAAUACCCUCCAGCUGGGACACGCCUCAGAAGGUCACCCACCAACUACUGCCUCCUACAGUUAUCCAUAACCUAACGCCUGUCCUUGGUGAAGGAAUCUUCCACCUUGUGAAGUUUUUUGGGGAACAGCUGAUAAUACUCUGGAAGGCCACACUUCUGUGUAAACGAAUUUUGCUCUUCUCCCCACCUCCUAUUGGUCCGGUGUGUGGCCGGGUACACUCCAUCUCCCUCCUCAGUGCCCACAGUACACCAGGCCUGCCAACGCAGCUCCUGCGUCCGCUCUUUUACAUCAGUAUUGCCGACAUGGACUUGUUGCAGGAACAACAUUCUUAUGUUGCAUGCACAACAGAAAAGAUAUUUGAAGAAAAAACAGGAGUGUGUGAUAUAUAUGUUGAGAACCAAAGUGUGAGGAUUCCAGGUAUAUUGCGUCGAGUGUUAGUGGUCACCCCAGAAGAUCGCAAACGCCUUGCAUCUUUGCAUCACAUUGCACGGAGCUCUCACAACUGUAUAGUAGAUUUCAGAAGAUUCUUUCAAGAUUUAAAUAACCAAAUCUUCUCUACCUUGUAUCAUAUUUGUAAUAGUGAUUCAGCAGUUAUGAAAGAUAAGGACAUAGGAGCCAUUGGCCUUAACCCUCGGCAAGAUAAGGCUUUUGUAAGAGAAUUAGCAAUGACUCAUGGCUUUGACCUUACAGUAAGUAAGGCCUCAUGGAUGUGUUGCCCUUGCAACUCCUGACACUUGGCUCUGGCAGAUUUUUUUGUGAUGUCUUUACAUAUAUUGAUGAUGAAAUCCAUUUCAACCAUAAUACUGUAUGUACUGUGUUAAGAUAUAUCACACACCACUUUCAUAUUUACAUUUAUAAAGUGCUGAAGUUAGUUUUCAGGAGACUGACUUGUGUAAGACAUUCUGCCCAGUCUUGCAUACAUCUGUUACUUUACACUUGUUAAUGUUAUGUUAAUUCUUUAUCUUUUGCAUGUCUGUUAUUUUACCGCUGUUUACACUUGUUUAUGUUCUGUUAAUUCUUUAUCUUUUGCAUAUCUGUUAUUUUACAGCUGCUUACAAUUAUUUAUGUUAUAUCAAUUCUUUAACUAAUCUUCUUUCAGUGAGUAAAGUAGAAAGAUAUGUCUAUAUAUCUUAAGACCCAAGUUUCUCUAACCCAUAAUUAAGUACUGUAGCAUUUCCUUGAUUCACAUCCUAAAUAUUUUAACCUACCUAAUUAUUGUAAACCACUUUGUUGUUUUCAAAUUUCUUACAACUGUCAUAGCAGUACAGUACUGCGAGCAUCAUUAUUGUACAGUAUUACUUUUCUCCCAAGCAAACCAGUUGUUGUAUCACGCUGGUCAGAACAAGAACAGUCUCCCUUUAUUAAUUUUAUACUCAUUUAACAUAGUGUGUUCUGCUAUGGUGUUUACAUUCCACAGUAAGACCCUAAUAUAUCUGUCUGGUUUAACCCAGUUACCUCACAAUCCAAUAUCACUCUUCAACAGCCCAUCUUAUCUGUCACAAGGGGCUGGCUGCCACAGGAUGGGCAGAAUGUGUCUAUUUUUCUGAGUCAAUCAUAGAAAAACUGUCAAUAGAUUUCAUUAAGUUUUCAUAAAGGAAAUCCAAACUAAAUCUGUUAUGUAUUUAUAAUACCUUGUUCAUUCCAACUCCUUAAAUAUACCAAAGGCAAUCAUAAAUUCUGUUACAGUCAGGAUUUCUUUGACAAUCGACAAUAUCUGGCAUCUAUUUAAGGGUGAUUUAUAGGUCAUGAAGGCAGCUUUUCAUUUUAAUAUGAAAUGGCUGACAAAAUUAUGAGUAUACAUAUAUUAAAAUCGAAACCCCUCUAAGCUAUGUGAACGUCAAGUAGAUGCCUGAUCUUACAAAGUGAUUGUUACUGGGGAAAAACAAAUGCAGCACUGUACAGGUUUCAUAGAGAAGAAAGUUUUUGUGUUUAAAUAAAGUGUAGGGUAAGUUGGCAGUGAAUUGUUCAUGAGGCUCUUGUGCAGUGAGGAUUAAGGGGGCAUAUAAGUGUAAUUAAGAAGAAGAAAGUUAGCAAAACAAGACGCUUAGUGGAAAACUGAAGGAAGAGGCCAUUAUGUGUUGGUAUGUGAGCAAGUAGAGAAAGAGGAAAACUGAGAAUUUGAGUUAGAGAAAGGAUGUGUGUCUGCAGGAGUGGUUUGGUAGAGUUGAGGGUUGUUUUUAUCCGAUUGUGUGUGUGUGUGUGUGCUACUGUCUCUAUGCAAGGGAAGGAAUGAAAGGAAGUGGCUCUGCACAUGUCAACCUUUUUGAUACAGGUAUUGGGGAAUGGUUUAUUAAGCACACACAGAUAAUUCAUGUGUGUGAGGCACUUAAAAAACACACUACUGCAGUGCUGGAGAAGAGGUGUGUUGACUUUAAGUAAAACUACAGUAAUUAUUUCUAUCCUUUCCAUCCUCUUUUCACAGUAACAUAAAGGGUAGUACAGUAGGGCAUUUUUUUUGUACAGUUGUGUCAUUUCCUUAAUUCAGAUUUUUAUCCCAUUCCCUCCUUAGAAAAAACCACCACCUGAAUCUUGGCAUUCUAUAAGAGUGCUCAGUGAUAACCUAGUACCUGAUUUAUAGUUUUGAGCGAAAUGCUCUUAAGAAUCUACAUCAUAUUAUCAAUGAGAUUUUUAUAGAUAUUUUUCAUUGGUUGAAAUAUGAUUAGACAAACCUUAUAGUCGUACCUCCAGGAAACCUUGACUGUAUUUCUCACGAUGGUAAGUGAAAUCUCUCGAGCUUAAAUGUUGGGUCUGUAUCUUAAUAUCAUUUGUUCUCAUUUUGAAGCAUCAUUAACUUUGAUUUAUGAACAUUCUCACUUGUUUUGUUGGUACUUAAGUAGAUGAUAUAUUUAACCACUUGUGGGUCCAUGAGUAUUAUUGUUUACAAAAGCUUUAUAGUUUUCUACAUUUUGUAACAUUGAAAAAAAAAGUUAAUGGAUUCUGUGAAAAUUUUAUUAGAUGUGCAUGGUCAAGUUUAUCUUAAUUAUUGAUGUGUUAUGGAUAAACGUCUUAUAAUUGUUGCAUGCAAAUCCAGUACACUGUAGGCAUAGAAUUUUGGUGUACAGUAUUUGAAUCAAUGAACAGUAAUAUAUAUUAUUUUUAUCCUUAAAGUUUAAAUAUAUUUAGUUUCUGAUGUAUGUAUGUAUGUAUGUACUGUAUGUGUAUGUAUCUGUUUAAUUGAUAAGUUGUUAAGGUGUAUAAACCCUUUCAUGAGGUAUUAUGUGCAUGAACAUGUUGUAAUGUGUGUGUGAAGAAAAUAUGAGUGAGUAUGUGGUUGUGAGGUGUGCUGUGCAUGUCUUAAACCUUAAGAGACACCAUAGUCAGGAUGGCCCAGUCACCAUGAAGAACAUAUGAGGAAGUACUCUACUGUGGUAUCAGAAAUGUUUUGUUGUGAAUUUCUUUGGAAAUCCACAUUUAACAUAAUACAGUACAGUACUGUAUACUGAACCACCACUGUAUCCCAACAGUAAAGACGUGAUUAUCAAAAUCACAGAGUAUACAACACCACAAAACAGUGGGCGGGCAGUGAAUAAAAUCACAUUACCUGCCGCGUUGUUUACAUACAGACAGCAUUUUGGUGGCUGGACCAACAGAAAUCACACUUCACAAGUUGUGCAGUAUAAAAAUUUGAUUCAAAAUUUAUAUUCAGUACAGUAUCUAUUUUUCCCCAAAAUUUACAAAUGUAUAUGUAUAUACAGUAUCAGUCUAUUGUACUUUAUCAUAUGAAGAAGAUAAAAUGUAAAAGACUACCUAUCACCACCAAACAGCAAGAACCCAGGAACAAUGGGCAUGAUCCUAUUGAAGCCAAUAUGCAUCAUUUCCUUCGACAAGGGCACUAGUAAUGUGAUGGCCACUAAACAAAUAACAAAUGUUUGUAAAAACUCUUCCAACACCCCCAGCUUGGUACCACUUAUUAAUGGGAGUUUCCAAAGGUCUCAUACAGAAUAACAUUGAUGAACUGUUGAAAAUGUUUUCAUUAUGUAACCUAUCAACGUCUCCCUCAGCUCACUUUAAUAACCCAUCCAGGGGAUUUCCCCCAUCUUGAUGAACAGGAGCUCUUUGGUGAAGUUCGGGAUUUUUUCUCACAAAAUGUUAUACCAUUUUAUAAGAUUUUUUUAUAUAACGUCUUCUGGUGAGUAGCCUAGACCUUGACUGAUGUAUUUUUCCACGAAAAAGUUAAGGAAGAGACAAAUAUAUCUCAGUUGCACUGUGAUACAGUACACGACAUCAGGCCCCAUUGGCUGAUGCUGGAGUUUGACAAAUAAAUCCAGGCUCAGUGGCAUUAGUGGAUAGGUUAUUAAAAAAUGUCAAUAAUAUUUAUAACAAGUAUUGUUGUCAGCAUUCUCACUCACCAUGAGAGUCAUGUUAAGUUCAGUUAAUUGUGUAAUCAUUCUUGAGGAUGCUGAGAACAGGGUAUAAUUCAUAUUGUAAUUUAGUCCAGUAGAGUACAGUAUAAUUAAAACCUCAGCCAUACCGUGUGUCAGGAAGAGGUUUUGAUGUUUGAUGCACCUUUGUGAACUAUUAAACACGUAAUCCAUAGCCGCAAUGGCUCAACUCUCACAGGUGAAAAGUACAAUAAACCAGAUGUCUUAGUCAUUCAGUCUCUGGUACUACAUAGUCCAUUGUGAGCUUUACUGUACUGUACAUUACCACUGUUAUCUUGCCUUAUGGGUAUAAAAGUUUUUGUUUAUGAUUCAAGCACAACUGUUCAUGUUCCAGUGCAAAUAAAAUGUUACAUUAUAGAAUAAAGAUCUUAAAGUAA